AUGGUCUAUUACUUUACGUCGAACACUGUGACGCCUUCGGCGUUCGUCUACGUGGGCAAGGACAAAUUUGAGAAUGAAGAGUUGAUCAAGUAUGGCUGGGAGGAGGACGGUAUGAGAUUCUCUCCCUACCUCACAUAUUUCUCAAAAUCUCAUCUUCAUCCCCAGUUCCACGUGGACAAGCUCUCCAGCGCACACAUCUACCUGCGGCUGAACGAGAACGACACCUGGGACGACAUACCGGCGGACCUGGUGACGGACCUGGCGCAGCUGACCAAGGCCAACUCGAUCGAGGGCAACAAGAAGGACAACAUCACCGUCAUCUACACGCCGUGGUCCAACCUUAAGAAGGACGGCAGCAUGGCCGCCGGCCAGGUCAGCUUCAAGGACCAGCGCAAGGUCAAGAAGGUUCUGGUCGCCCAGCGCGAGAACCCCAUCGUCAACCGCCUCAACAAGACGCGCGUCGAGAGGCAGCCCGACCUCAUGCAGGAGAAGGAGGACCACCUACGCAUACUAAGGAAGCGGGAUCAAGCUGCGCGGCAAGAGCGGAAGAAGGAAGAAGCCCGCGUCAUGAAGGAGAGACAGGAGAAGAAGUGGCAGAAGGACCACGCGUACGAUGAUCUCUACGACGAGGAGGCCAUGGAGGCGGCCAGCAAUCAGAACCGGCCCGAGAACUGGGAAGAAGACUUCAUGUAG